UUGGCUGUCCUUCCUGACGUCAGGCAGCCACGCCCCGGCGCGCGCCCCGCCGCGUGCCCACCCCCGCGCGGCUGCUGCCCCCUAUGCUAGCUCGCCACAGCCUGCGGCUGGUUGAGCUGGAGCCUGAGCCUUAGAGGCGCUGGGCUCGACGUAGGGCUCCUGGGCCGCGGCGGCGGGCAGGCGAUGCUCCAGAGGCCUGAGCAGCCAUGGAGGCCGAGGUGGGCGGCCUGGAGGAGCUGACAGACGAGGAGAUGGCGGCGCUAGGCAAGGAGGAGCUGGUGCGGCGCCUGCGGCGGGAGGAGGCGGCGCGUUUGGCGGCUCUGGUGCAGCGCGGCCGCCUCAUGCAGGAGGUGAAUCGGCAGCUACAGGGUCACCUGGGCGAGAUCCGCGAGCUCAAGCAGCUCAACCGGCGCCUGCAGGCCGAAAACCGCGAGCUGCGCGACCUCUGCUGCUUCCUGGACUCCGAGCGCCAGCGCGGGCGGCGCGCCGCUCGCCAGUGGCAGCUCUUCGGAACCCAAGCAUCCCGGGCUGUGCGCGAGGACCUGGGAGGUUGUUGGCAGAAGCUGGCGGAACUGGAGGGCCGCCAGGAGGAGCUGCUGCGGGAGAACCUGGCGCUUAAAGAGCUCUGCCUGGCUCUGGGCGAGGAGUGGGGUCCCCGCGGCGGCUCCGGCGGUGCGGGGAGCUCAGGCGCCGGGCCGACACCCGAGCUCGCCUUGCCUCCUUGCGGGCCCCGCGACCUCGGCGAUGGAAGCUCCAGCACCGGCAGCGUGGGCAGUCCCGAUCAGUUGCCCCUGGCCUGCUCCCCAGAUGACUGAGGACGCAGCUUCCUUAGUGCCGACUCCCGCCUGGAUGGCUCCUCAAGCUCCCGGAAUGCAGUGGACCUCGGGACCUGGAAGCCGAUCCGGCUGCGCAAGAGAGGCCGCUGGCAUGGACUUAGAAACCCUGGCACUGAGGAGGGCCCCUCGCUCUCGCUGGCGGGGCAGCAGGGGGACUGGAGGCUGGAGCGGAGGGACUUGCAGGGGGCUGGGUGGAGGCUAAUAAACGGACGGAAGCAGA